CAGAUUAAAAAAAAAGUUGAGGAGAGAAUCCAUGGAGGAAUACUUGAGAUGGGAGGAAGAGAGGUUUGAAAAGGUGGUGUGUUCGACCAAGGGAAGGAGAUUGACGGUUUGUGAACGAAUGUUCUUGGACGAUUGGUAUCGCCGUCAAAACCCUAAAAGGCCGAGGUACGAAAGGUGGAGACGGGAGCUGUCAACAUUUAAUGGAGCUGACCCAGACGCAUGGCUCAAGCAAGCUCUUGCAUAUUUCAUCCUCGAAGAUCUACCAAUGAAGGAUUGGGUAAAGUACGCUUCAGAUUAUUUUGACGAAGGGGCCAAAGCUUGGUGGAAAUGGCUCUGCCACAACCGCCGCAAACCAACUCGAUGGGAAGAUUUUGAGAAGGAUCUCAUCGCACGGUUCAAGACCUCGAUCUAUUGCCAUUACGACGAGGCUCCCUCGCAUAAAUUGAAGAGAGGCAGUUUGCCUAAUUACCAACAGGAAUUCAUGGGCCACACCCAAGUCAAGAAGGAUAUGCGAGCAAGUAGCAAGGCCCAAGGCGAGUCCAAGAAGGAGACGAAGGUCGAAUUGGUCGAGCACGAUAAGUGCAAGACAAAAAUUGCGAUCGAACAAGACACGCACGAAGUCAAGGUGGUCGAAGCUCCAAGGCUCGAGGAGGUUUCGGACGUGGCUAAGGUAGCCGAGGUUGAGGUAACUGAGGUUGAAGAGGAGGUGUUGGUCACGGUCGAAGCGGGCCAUGAAGAGGUUAUGUUUGAAGUCCUAAAGGUCAAAGAGGAGGCGAUGUUCCAACCGACUAUCGAUGCCAAGAGUAAAGUCUUGGUCAAGGAGGGACGUGAGUGGGAUGCGUGCGCAGUUAAAGAAGGAGUGCCCGAAGUUUGGAUGUUCUAUGAUAAGUCCUUGAGGACAAGGACAUUCUCAAAGGGGGCGGGAAUGAUGCGGAAGUGGGUUUCGAGCCCCGACGACAAGAAGAAUGUCCUUGUCCUCAAGGACUCAUCCUCAACCAUCCAAGCAUCGGGCACAUCUUCUCCAAUCUCAAGACCCUUGCGCGUAUCGCACUCACGGUCCUCGCCAACUUCGACCAAGACUUUACUCUCGCCAUCGUCCUCCUUGUGCGCUACGUCAUCGUGGACCUCCUCCACCACGACCAAGAUCUCCACUUCAACCCUAGUUAUCUCGAUCUCGGCGACCACAUACUCGGCGCCCUUCACUUCAAC